UCGUUUGACCCGUGUUUCUGAUACGUGUUAAAAGUAAGAGAGAGAGAGAGAGAGUGUGAGAGAGAGCCGAAGCGUGUGCUCAGCAGAGGGAGGGAGAGAAGGAAGAGCCCUAAGUCAUGACGAUCGCAGCUAUGCGGCGGCUUCCAUGCCACUUUUUCCGUUCUUCUCCUCCACUAUCCUUCUUCGCCCGCUACUCCUUCUCCUCCGCCGCCUCCUCUUCCUCCUCUUCCUCGUCCGCCAAGGUCGCCGAUCGCAUCGUAAAGCUCUUCGCAAUCGACCUCGAUGGCAAUAAGCGCGAGGUCCUGGGCUUGUCCGGUCAAACCCUUCUCAAAGCCCUCACCAACGUCGGCCUCAUCGAUCCUGCGUCGCAUCGGCUAGAAGAGAUCGACUCGUGUUCGGCAGAAUGCGAGGUUCACAUCGCGCAGGAGUGGCUCGAGAAGCUUCCGCCGCCGUCCUACGACGAACGCUACGUGCUCACUCGCAACUCUCGAAAUCGCGUCCUAAACAAGCAUGCAAGGCUUGGCUGGACGGGGAAAAAUUUCAUUUUCCCAUUUUUCUAUUGGGAUCAUUUCGCCAUUGCCGGUAUCUUGUUCGUGUUUGAUGGAUUUCAGCCAUCCAAUAGAUACGCAGGUCAAUAUAUACCAAGAAAGCUUCUGAUGGGAGUUUAA